AGAGAUGGAUAUUGAGAGAGGAGGUGAAAAGGGAGGGGAAACAGAGCAAGCUAUCCCAAGAAUAGCAGUUAGGCAGAUGUGUCCCCAUCCAUAGACCUGAUAUUCAAGAAGCACUCGGACGGCAUCACAAUGUAGUGCUUUGGUGAGAAGCUGCGGAAUGAGGAAAGGAUGCAAUGACCGCAGCCCUGGAAGAUCAACCUCAGCAGAUGUGAGAGAAGAGCGGAGGCAUGCUGUAAAGCCGAAGCGUUUAUUUCUGGAUCUGUUACUGUAAAAUCCGCAUCUCAGGAAAUAUGUAUGCCUUUUAUUCUCUCCUGGUAUACAUCUUCUACACUGUCUUCAAAAAGGAUGAGGAGGCAGAACUGGAGGGGGCCUGCGGAGCAUCUGCUGAGGAGCCUGGCCAUGUUUCCAUGGAAACAGCGAGCAGGGGGAAGGGUAGCCACACCCCCAGGUUGGGAAAAAGAGGAUGUGCAAGACUGAGUGAUUCAAGUACCAGCAGCGAAAGUGAUGGAAUGUCUCUAAGCGAUGAAGAUUUUGAUGAAAAUCAUGGCAUACCUGCCAAAACACCAUUAACAGCUUUCCUGUCUUUCAAGCAUGAGACGGAAAAGAGAAGAACAUCUACUGCUCAAACAGAACCUAGUGAAAAGGUGACCGAGUCUCCUCUGCUGUCGGUGAUGUCACACCUGCUGAGUUUCCUGGAGCAAUAUUCUCACCUCCAACAGCUCCAGCAGCAGGCCGAACAGUACCGUCUGCAGCUGCGCAGACAUCGCGCCCAGCACCGCAGAAAGAUGAAGGCUCUGCGUGGCACCUACCGCCAGCGGCUCAGAGACAAGAACAGUGUCAUUAACAGCCUGGAGGAAGUGAUCGCCCAGCAACAGACCAGUCCAUCACCUGAAAAUGAAGGUGAAUGUGUGAUCCCUUCCGGGUCACAGGAAGGUCUGCAUAAGUUGGUUCAGUCUCUGUGCGGUCUUCAGGGAGAGAAGAGUCAGCUCAGAGGAGAACUGCGAUCGCUUCAUUCCCAGCUUGAGCAGAGAGAACGAGAUCGCCACACUAAAGUACAGGCCUUCCAACAGCAGAUUGAUGAGCUGAAGAGCUGCAUUGAGGAAAGAGAGGAGGAGCUAUCCAAACUCAGAGUGACGUCGGGAGUAACAGACUCAGAAAAGCGAGUGCUGUGCUUAUCAGCAGAGAAUGAGACUUUGAAACACAGUCUUACGGUGACACAGGGUCUCCUACAGCAGCUGUCAAUCAUCCCAUCCCAGUCCAGUACUGUGCUCAUGAAGGAAAAUGAGAACCUGCGCAGUCGUGUCCUGCAGCUGGAGAGCUGUCUGCAGCAGCGGGCGGAGCAGCUGUCUCGUGUAGAGCAUCAGAGGGAACAGAGCGAGUGGACGAGAGCCGAGGAGCUGAAGAGACGAGAGGACAGCGUCAGACAGCUACGGCUCGAGCUUGACAAAGAACGCAACAAAGCCCCUGUGGUAAAAUAUGUGACUCAAACUGUGGAGGUGGAAUCACCUUCAACUCUACGACAACUAGCUGAAGCCAAACACCAGAAUGAACAGCUGUCUGAGAAGUUGAGCGAUCAUAGAGAAAGAUGCCGACAGCUGGAGGACAACAUCAGACGCUCAGAUGAAGUCAGCUGCAAUUUGCAACACAAGAUCGCAGCGUAUGAGAGAGAGAUUGGUACCCUCAGGCAGGAGCUGCUGAAGGAGAUUGUGCAUCUGGAAGAAAAGAAAGAGGCGGCUGUGAAAGCUGCAGCUAACUGCUCCGAGGAACAUCUCCAGAGUCUACAGGACCAGUUUACAACCCUACAGAAGCGUUUAAGUGCUCUCCCUCCUACCUUGCGCUCCAUGAAGACCGACUAUGCCAGUCUGCGCAGUCAGGUCCGCAACUUUUCCGACUUCUAUGGGUCAGCUAUCAAAGAAGCCAAGAAACAGAUCACGGCAGCUAUAAGUGAGAUGUCAGAGGCCAAUAAAGACCUUCUGGAAAAGUACAGGAAAGAGGUAGCGCUCCGCAGGAAGUACCACGAGCAGCUGGUUGAACUUAAAGGUAAUAUCCGUGUCCUGUGCCGUGUAAAGCCGGUGCUGAAGGAAGAUCAACACGAGGAAGGCCAAGCAGUAGUUGUGACCACAGACCCCCAUAAUGAAUCUGCACUCAUUGUUUCAAGCAAAGGCAAACCCAAAAUCUUUGAGCUGGAUAAAGUGUUUCACCCUCAGGCCACUCAAGAAGAGGUGUUCCAGGAAAUCGAUCCGCUCAUCACAUCCUGUAUAGAUGGAUAUCACGUCUGCAUCUUCGCUUACGGCCAGACAGGAUCGGGCAAGACCUACACUAUGGAGGGUACUGUCGAGAACCCUGGAAUUAACCAGCGCGCCCUGAAACAUCUGUUCAAUGAGAUCGAGGAAAGAAAAGACAUGUGGACAUACAAUGUCAGUGUCAGUUCGGUGGAAAUUUACAACGAGGUCCUGAGAGAUCUGCUCAGUAAAGAUGGAGAGAAGCUUGACAUCAAGAUCAACCCAGAUGGGACAGGUCAGCUACAUGUGCCAGGCCUCAGGGUCAUGGAGGUCAAAAGCUUCCAACAUAUCAAGAAAAUUUUAGCCAUAGCUCGAAAGAACAGGAUUACAUUCGGGACGCAGAUGAACCAGCAUAGCUCUCGUUCACAUGCCUUGCUCACUGUUACUGUGCUGGGGACGGACCUCGCCAGCGGAGCCAAAACCACCGGAAAGCUGAAUCUUGUGGAUCUGGCUGGUUCAGAAAGAGUGUGGAAGUCCGGGGCAGAGGGUGAGAGAUUGAAGGAAGCCCAGAAUAUUAACCGCUCACUGUUAGCUUUAGGAGAUGUGAUCCAGGCUCUAAAGGCCCACCAGACUCACAUACCCUUCAGGAACUCCCGACUCACCUACCUACUGCAGGACUCACUGGGAAAAGGCAACAAAACCGCCAUGGUUGUGCAGGUUUCUUCUCUGGAGAGUAACGUGGGAGAGACCCUGUGCUCGCUGAAGUUUGCCCAGCGGGUCUGCAAGGUGGAACUUGGUCCUGCUGCACGAAAAAUUGAGACAGGAGGACAUAACGAAACCAAAAGUUAAUGCUUGACAUCAAACCCCCACCUUCCUUCCAGUAACCACAGGACACGAAAUCCAGCAACUCAAUCCUAUUCAAGGGCUACAAAUCUGGAAGCUUCAGCGAUGCCACAUUACAGCGAUGAGAACAAAUAUGCGAUCAACUUUCUGUUACACGGCAAUGGGUUGUCUCCACCAGCUGACGUGCAUGUUAAAAUCUCACCUGGCAUCAGGCGUAUCCAGACAAGCUCUUCCUCACUGUAUGUUUAUACUGUAGCAAACACAGAACAUCUCCAGGUAAGAUUUGUGUGGAAAUGUUAGUGAACUUCGCUAAAACACACCACUAUCAUUUUUGAUAACGUGUAAUGCUUGUCUACUCUUAUUUAGUCAAAAAGUAUGCUGAAAUUAUCGGUAGAAUAUAAAUACACUCUAGGAACUACUGGCCAAAUGCGUUUUAUAUGUUCGUGCGUGGUCAUUGUGGACUACCAUAUCUAAUGUUUGUAACAAUAACAUGGAGAUUUAUUUAUACAAUACCAACAUUUGCAAGCUUUAAAGGAAUGUUUUUGAUGACGAGGUACAGGUGGAGAUUGACUGUACGUGAUUAUGGAGGAACAUUUGGAUGAAAACAUCUGCAAAGUUGAUGACGAAUGUAAUGUUCCGUACAACAUUAUGUGCAAUAGCACCUCUUAGUGGAAAGUAUUUUGGCCUUGGUAGGACACCUUUAUACUAUAUUGAAAUCAUGUAUAUUUUUAUUCUUGAUUAUAAAUAUGCCUCCAAAAGAUACGAAGACAAUAUUAUAAUAUCAAUAUAUUUCAAUGAUUAUCUUUAAGGUAUUAACUAUGUUUAGGGUAAGCUUACAUUCGAUGUGAAAUGUCUUUUUGUUCUUUGGUCUCUUUGUUGUAGUUAUGUGCUUGUCGGAGGUAAUGUAAUGCACUUUAUUCUCAAAGACAUACUUUCAAUACAAAACUAGCUGCUUUGUCCACACAACUUGUCUUUUAAACAAAAAGAUGUUUGUUUCGGAAAUUACAUUAUGCAUUUUUUACACGCUUUUACCCAGAACUCCUUACAGUACAUUCAGUCUACAAAUUUAUAUCAGUGCGUGUAUUUCUUGGGGUCUAAACCUAUUACCUUUGUUAAGCUAAUGCAAUGUUGUCCCAGUUGAGCUAGAUACACUAUUAGUUGCGUUUUCACUUUUGUCUAUACGCAUAUUCAACAUUGCCUUGAAAACCAAGUUCACCCCAAAAUGAAAACUCCUGUUUGGGGCUACAAGUACUUUUUUCGAUUUGUAGUGAACUUUAGAUCCAAACUGGUGUAUUGUAAUUUACAAGUAGUAUCUUUCAACUGAUGUUCUACAACUCUAGCUGAUUAAAGGUAAACCACCUUAUACUCUUGAAAUAAUGUUCUGUUUUCAUUGUGUACGACAAUAAAAAGUCUCACAUAAUUUAUACAA